CAGACGUUUCAGAUUUUAUUUACUUUUUACAGUUUCAUGAAAUUAAUCGCAAGUUUCUGUUUUCGGUAGUUUUCUUCUGCAAACCUAUCUAAUCAAUAACUAUUUAUGGAUCGACGCCUGCCAUUGAAGCUUAAAGAGCUCUCUGAAUGCUUCCGUUCCCGAACGUUAGACCCAUUGUCCACGAUUGAGCAAACACUGCUACAAGUGGGCCGACUCAAGCACCUGAAUGCCUUCAUUCGGACAUCCCCGGAGAAAGCUUUAGCGCAGGCAGAGAAAUCCUCCACCCGGUACAAAGAAGGAAAAUCCCUCGGUGUGCUGGAUGGUGCUCCGAUUGCAAUAAAGGAUAACUUUUGCACCAAAGGAAUCCACACGACCUGUGCAGCGCGGAUGCUGCAGGACUUCGUUCCGACCUACAGUGCCACCGUAUACGAGCGAUUGGUUCGCAAUGGAGCAGUGCUGGUGGGAAAGACCAACAUGGAUCAGUACGGGAUGGGCUCGGGAACGGUUGAUUCAAUCUUCGGCCCAACGAAAAACUGCUGGAGUGCGGAAGAAAACGACGACUACCGCAUCGCUGGGGGAAGUAGUGGAGGGUCGGCCGUUGCUGUGGCGUCUGGCUUAUGUUUCGCGGCUUUGGGUUCAGAUACCGGAGGUUCAACUCGUAAUCCAGCAUCAUAUUGUGGAGUGGUUGGAUUCAAACCAACAUACGGACUUCUAUCUAGGCAUGGUUUGAUUCCACUUGUAAAUUCCAUGGACGUUCCCGGGAUUUUAACAAAAACGAUAGACGAUUGUAUAGCCGUGUUCAAUGCAAUCGCUGGACCAGACGCCAAAGAUUCUACGACUGUUAAAUCAACAUUCGCACCAAUUUCAAUUCCAGAUGAACCUAGCUUAAAGGGGCUGACCAUAGGAAUACCUAUUGAAUAUCAUUGCGAAGGUCUCUCGAAUGAGGUUCUCAGCACGUGGACCAAAAUAGCGGAUAUGUUAGAAGAUGCAGGUGCAUCCGUAAAAACGGUAUCCCUUCCCCACACGUCCGCUUCGAUAUUCGUCUACUCUAUUCUAAAUCAGUGCGAAGUCGCUAGUAACAUGGCCCGAUACGAUGGCAUCGAAUACGGUCACCGUUCCGAUGAGGACACCAGCACAGAACAACUUUAUGCUAAAUCACGGGCUGAAGGGUUCAACGAUGUCGUUAAAAAUCGGAUUCUAUCUGGUAACUUUUUUCUGCUUAGAAAAAACUACGACAAGUACUUCGAAAAAGCACUUAAAGUCCGUCGUUUGAUUGCCAACGACUUCGAUCAAGCCUUUCAUAAAGUGGAUGUUUUGUUGACUCCGACAACUCUCAGCGAUGCCCCUCGUCACUCUGAGUUCACUCAAAGCAACAAUCGUGAUCAGUGCGCCGUUCAGGACUUUUGCACCCAGCCGGCCAACAUGGGAGGUAUACCGGCGCUGUCCCUACCAAUAAGGCUUUCGGAACAUCGACUUCCAAUAAGCUUACAACUAAUGGGACCUAAGUUUUCCGAGAGACGACUUUUUGAAGUCGCGAAAUGCAUUGAAAAUCAUGUUAAGUUUUACAAUUUUUAUAAUUGAAUCAAAUAAAAACAAUAGUCAACUUUUUA